AUGGCAUACUCUACCUUUAGAAAUAGUCGUAUCCAGAUAAUACUUUUAAUAUUAUCUUUAUAUUAUUGUCGAGCCACGGUUGAUGUAUCAUCAGACGCUUUCAUUAAAGGUCAUAUGAAACCAUUAGGAUCUCAUCGAGAACCUUUGGCCGUAGAGGAGUUAACUUCUAUUCCUAAUCCAAAAACAUUUUAUGAUCUUUAUACUAAGCCUGGUAAACCUGUAAUUCUUCGUAAUGCAGCCAAAGCGAUUCCAGCUUUCAGUUUAUGGACUGAUGAAUAUCUAAGCGAGAAAUUCGGUAAUGUUCAAGUUCUAGUCGAAGAAGGUAAAAAAGAGAAUAGGUCGAAAGGGAAUUUUAUGACUUCUCUAAAAGAGUUUGUUAACUCAUAUAAAACUGAAGAUUUAUAUGUUGUUCAUACGGUCCCGAAAGAAAUGCGAGAGGAUAUUAGAAUGCUGCCUUGCGUUUCGUGCGGUGGAUAUGCUGAAAAAUUGCUUGAUGUUGUCAUGUGGUUUAGUAGUGGUGGUACCAAAUCAGUUCUUCAUAAUGAUGGAUAUGAAAAUCUUAACUGUCUAUUUCGUGGUACUAAAGAACUUGUUAUGAUUGAUAAGAAUGUUGAUUACGAUGCAAUCUUUGACAAUAAUGGCUUUAGUAAUUUGGAUGUCGAUAAAGUUGAUCUCAAGAAAUAUUCUGAUCUGAUCCACAUGAAGUGGUAUAAAGCCAAGAUGUCGGCUGGUGAUUGCAUUUUUAUUCCCCAAUUUUGGCUUCAUCAAGUUCGAUCUUACGACAGUAACCUGGCUGUGAAUAUGUGGUGGAUUCAGCUAUUAAAAUUUAAUGAAAGUAGUUGCGAGAAAAAUAAGGAUGUCAACUAUUUAAAUACAGCUGAUUACGAAUUUGCAACUUAUGAACUAUUAAGGAAUUCAAUCCUUGAUUAUAUGCCAAAAAGUAAAAGGGCGACAAAGCAAACAUUUAAGAGAAUAUUGACACGAUGUGAGGUUGGACCAAUUGUGUUUCCAGCCGUCUUCUCUACUUUUGAUUCCAACAAAGAUGACGUAGUAUCAUUUGAUGAGGUGCAAGACCUACCUUAUGGAGAGUUUUCUAAAUUAUUUCCAAAUUGGAAUUACGAAUCUGAAGAGGCUGAGGAACUAGAGCCUGAACGUGACGAAUUGUAA